UCGGAAGGCCUGGGUCACGUCUCCCUCCAGAUGGAUACGCUGAUGGCUGUGUUCCAAGGCCCAGAAAAGGACUUCAUUGGAGGAUCAAUCUUUGUCAAUGUCACCGUGUUCUCCUCAGGGGGACAGAUGGUGCAAGCCGAGACCUCAGGGGUGAAGAUUGUCCAGAGCCCAUACAACAUCAAGUUCACCAGGACACCCCAGUAUUUCAAGCCAGGAAUGCCCUUCCACUUUCGGGUCUUCGUCUCAAAUCCUGAUGGAUCCCCAGCUGACAGAGUCCUUGUCCAGUCCCAAAACCACAAAAUUGUACCCUCACCUGAGGGGAUGGCCCAUCUGACCCAACAACCCACAGGUGGCAAAUCUGGACAAGCUCCCCAUCAAGGUGAAAACUGAGGAACCUCUUCAGCCAGAGGAGCAGGCUUCAGCCCAGAUGACAGCUUGGCCUUACUUGACUCAGGAUGGGUCAGGAAACUUCCUGCACAUCGAAGUAAAGACAUUGGGCACAGAGGUUGGCAGCAGCAUCCAGCUGAGCCUCAACACAAAGCAUCAGGACCCUAAAACUAAGGACCGGAUUACUCACUUCACCAUCCUGGUCCUGAGUAAGGGCCAGAUUGUGAAUGCCAAACGUCAGUCAAAAAGCCAGGGGAGUGUCUAUACGUCAGCCAUUAUUGAUGUAACUUCAGCGAUGCUGCCCUCCUUCCACAUUCUGGCAUUUUAUUUACUUCCCAGAGGAGUGAGCCAGGAUCCUGAGUUGGUGGCUGAUUCCAUAUGGAUUGAUGUGAAUGACAGAUGCAUAGGGACG